CACGUGCAAACACCAGGCAUUCCUAAGCAAUGCGAAGCUUCUGUGUUAACGUUGCAUACAAUGAUGGAUGGCAGGCCAGACAGCAAAUGCAUCACGGAAUGUACCAACUAAAAGUUUGCACUCACUGACACAACAAGCCUCGGCCCACCUUCCUCAAUUCAAUUUGACGACACGACAAAAAGCGAAUCCACCAUAUGCCCCGCUGUUUUGAACUUUAAAGUGGAAUCUGUAUUCUAGUACGUCAGACUAUUAGGCGUGACAUAUUCUACUCCGUCAAGUUUCGCCAAGAGAAAACCUUUUUACUGACGAGCGAACACGAGACGAACUCGGAGUUGUUUUUCGGCCCGGCCAGACGGCGUGUCACGCAACAAACCGACUUGGAGAUCACUGUGGGCUUGUCAAUCUCAGACUACGCGAAGCUGUUGUGAAACAUGUUUUUUUUUCUCUUCCAGUAGUGUGACAUUGACAGACUUUUGAUGUGGAAAACACACCUGGCCAGCUACGACCCCCCCCCCUUACCGCGUUGAAUGCGAGUCCCUCCAGACGAGCUCUUGAAUCAUGUUCGAGGGGGUAUAACCUAGCCACAUCUCAUGUUGGUGUCGUGCUUAAUAUUGUCUAGGAAAAAUGUGAUUCUGGAGAGUUUUCAGACCACACUUGCUUGCGAAAUUAUUUUUGGAUUGGUCUCUGAGGAAGGUGCAUGGUUGUCCGUGGUCCUAACAGCGAAUUGGACGUCAAACCACACAGCAUGAUACAGGCCUACAUCCACCAUCUUGUUUGAAGGACUGCCGACGACUAAGUGUCCCUUGCCGCCAUUGGCUGAAAGUUUCCCUCUUUAGUAAAACCAUCCAGUGAAAUCAUCCGACUUAAGUUUGAUAAUUCUCCACAACUCGUACAUCUCGAGAACAUCUGCGCAAACUGGUAUUUUGGAAGUGGAAGCAAAAACUGCGGGUUAGUGCAAACUGGCAUCGUCCAGAAGAGUUGGAUAAGGAUCAUCAGCUUGAUAUUUCAGAAGAAGCCUACAAGCGAUAUUUCAGAAGCAAGCAUGUUCAAGUUCGACAACAGGCGAGCGUUUAGCGACAUUCUGCCGUCUUUCAACCACUUUGGCGCCCCCAACGGCGGCCAACAUCCAACCAGCUCCCCUGUCUCGACAAACGGGUCAGACCUUCUCAACAUGGACGCCAACGGACUGCAACAGCAGCAGCAGCAGCCAGUACCACACAACGGCCACGUUUCGCCGGGAAUGCUCGUUCAAACCGACUCCAACGGGUACGGCAUAGCGACCACCCCGCACCGCGUGCUGGAGAAGAGCGGGGCGCCCCCUUCCGGCCUGAUCGACACCAGUUCGACUGAUCGACACCAGCCCAGGAUGACGGAGCUCUGCCCCGUCGGUGCGUCCACAGCUGGCUCGAGGGCCAUGGUCGAUCUCGUCAUGGAUGACGUCGAGGUCAAAGGUCGAAAGAUAGCCAGGAAUGACAUCAAUGGCGAGACCAACGUCGAGAACGGAAACACCAGUGCCACGGAGGAGAACUCGUCGGAGAACGAGGCGAGCAAGAAGCGGCGGCAGCGCCGACAGAGGACGCAUUUCACCAGCCAACAGCUGCAGGAGCUGGAAGGGAACUUCGCUCGGAAUCGCUACCCGGACAUGUCCACACGGGAGGAGAUCGCUGCGUGGACCAACCUGACCGAGUCACGCGUCAGGGUGUGGUUUAAGAACCGCCGGGCCAAGUGGAGGAAGAGAGAACGGAACCAGCUGAACGAACUGAAGAACGGCUUCGGCUCGCAGUUCAACGGUCUGAUGCAGCCGUUUGACGACGGCUUGUACUCCGGCUACUCCUACAACAACUGGGCAGCCAAGUCGGCCAAUCCGCUGGGAUCGAAAGGCUUCCCUUGGUCACUGAACACUGUCAACCCCUUGGCUGGAGUCUCCAACCAACCCAUGUGUUUCAACCCACAGACGACCAUGAGCUCCGGGUUCCCCUCGCCUAACGUCAACGGCGUAAUGAGCCACCAGAACUUGAACAAUUCAGCCGGGGCUGCCGCGGCGGCUUGCCCGUACGCCUCGGUGCCUGCCUCGUCGUACAUGUACCGUGAACCUUGCUCAAGCAGUAUUGCCACACUUCGCCUUAAAGCCAAACAGCAUUCCGGUAUGGGAACCUUCAGCUACCCAGUUCGUCAGAGCCCCACACUAUCAGCUUGUCAGUAUGCUGGACUAAACGGCCCCGCAUAAAGACAAACCUUCUUUUGUACAACCUCACAGUAUGAAAUAAUAUAGGUUCAUUGUAAUAUAAAAAUGAGGUAUUCAUUAUUCAUUUUUUCCAUUGGUAUAAAUCUAGAGUGACGUAGUAUUAUCUUACAAUCGUAUACCAAAUCACCUUUUUUAUAGAAAAAAAGAAAAGAAAAAGUUGUUAUGACUUUAGUUUGGCAGACAUGAAGAGUACAUGCCUUGAAUUGUGGCGAGAAAAAGUGGCAGAAACUUCUCUAUCUUGGAAGUUUUUUAUUUAAAAGUUUGUUAUUUAAUACGAAACGGAGAGAAUGUGUGUGGACAGUGGUUGAGAGAGAGAGAGAGAGGUCGCAAUAGUAAUAUCGAUAAUGAGAAGUAUCGACAAUAAGGAAAACCGAUACCAUGAGUAUCGAUAGUGCGAAAUGUUGAGCCAAGUUAGGCAACAUAGAAUUACGAGACUGAGUUUCGGAACUCGGAGAAUUCGGAAAAGAUUUCUGCAUCAUGGAAAUGUAGCCAAAGUGACGGAUUUAAUUUUGGCGAUCAGCAUUGCAUCGCAUGUAUUUAUGUUUGGUUUCAUUCAUUUCAAACGAUAUUUGUACAGAAGAAUGAGUGAGAAUUUCUUUUGAUUCUUGCAAAUUUACAAAUGUCAUUUAAGAACGAUGAAACAAAAGCCCACGACAUCAAUUUCGUCAUUGAGACAAAACAAUAAUCGUACUCAUUUUACUUUUCAGGGCUGAAUUGAUUGAGGUCAUGUAGUCCAAUGUAAUGCUUUUUUUAAUCCUCUGGAAAGGAAGAUGAGAGUAAAGAGACAUGUUUGCCAGCAUUUUACACACAUUGUCUGUCUUAAUGAGUGGCCUUGCCUUGCGCGCCCAACAGGCCUAAUCCUCGUUUCUGAUUGGCUGAGAAGCCUAGUAGCUGCGUUCGCCUGAUGAGCCCUGAUUGGACGAUGGGAUGUUGCAAGGUGGCGCUCGCAAAUUGAGACGGACAACGUGCGUGCGUAAAUCCCAAAACCUUCGACACUCAUUUAUUUCUGUGUCGCCCUCGGAUUUCUAAAGUGUGGUUUUUGACAAAUUCGUAAUUCCUUGGUCCAACUGCGUUAUCCGUUUAGAAAAAAAGGAUUUUAUAUCACGUCAAGAAGAACGUCCCAAGUAAUUAUCGAGAAUUGUAGUAAUGAAAGAGGUGUGAAGAACCCGUCUUUGCGUAAAGACCAUAAUUUCAUGACAGAAGGUUGACACGGUUUCGCCUCGGGGCAGAUUAACUAAAACGGUCAUUUUUUUGACAAAUCGGAAUUCACACGUGUGCUAAUUUGUUUUUAAAGUCUGUUUUGUGCCGUGCACUUUUGCUGUAAUCUAAUUGUAUUGUUUUUACAUCGUUUAUUGCCAGUUAUUGUAGGUUAUUGGUUUAUCCCAGUACAUUUUUAAAAAACGGGAAGUUGAAAUCGAUUCGUUAUUCUUACUCACUUGAUAAACGUUUAAUAAACAACUUUUGGGUUGGUUAUUAUUUCAUUUUCUUGGGUAUUUUUUUUUGCACAAGUACUACGCAUAUUUGUUUCACAAUUCUGUGAUGUUACACAUGAUAAUAAGUAAUCUUGGUUUAAAUUGGACAAAAAAUACAAGAUUCUGUCCUUAUUUGGUAUAUUUUUACGUUUUCUGGUGAUGAUCCUUUUUUAAAUCUGUUUUGGGCCAUUUUUAUUAUUUUUUUAUCAAAUUUUUCAUUUAGUUUUUCAACUCAUGUUUGAGUAACGUUACGGUUGCACUAACAGAAAUAUAGCGCAGAACUUUAUAUGAGUAUGUGUUUGUAAUACACUUCAGUGAUUUUUUUUCCCAAAUAACAUGCUGGAUUCCUGUUUUGCCCAGAAAUCACGUUUUUGAUAAAACAGUUUGCGAAACACCACAAUUUUUUUGAUAACAGUGCUCAUUGUUCAUAUACCAUGACAUUUUGGGUUUAGAAAGGUUACCUUCUUUUUUUUCCACAAUUAUUUAUUUUUCUCUGAAAGCAGCCAGCUUCUAAAUCUGGGUGAAAGAAUGCAUACGUGAAUGGGAGUUUGGCAUUUCAUUUGUGCAUGCAUAUCAGUGUCUCUAUGCACUUGGAGUUUAGGCGGGAACACAAUCCUUUAUCUUUUAUAUCUGUACAAUUGAAGCUGCUGUGUGAUUGGUCAUUGUGUUAUGUAUCGCUCAAUCUGAUUGGCCGUUGUUCUAUUUUUGAUUUUUAAAAAUAGGUGAAUUGAAUGAUGGCCCUUCGGUCUAUCUUUGCAAGUUGGUGCAUUCUAUUUUUUUUUCGGGUUUGCUUCCGUUUUGACUGCUUUAUUAAUCUUCAAGCCUGGGACUUUGUGUAUUAAAAAAAAAAUCAUCUUCGAAUUUAUCAUCGGAAAAAUAAAUUGUCUCAACAAAUUUCGAUCAUAGUGAACUUGUAAUGAGUAAGUAAACGGUUUAAACUAUUAUAAUUGUUUUCAGCAUUUUUCUUUAAAAAAAAUAACACAUGGUUUUGUGAAAGGUUUUUUAUCAGACUUGUGAAAUAUUAUGAAAUGAAAUAAUAAAAAAAAUUAUCGAAGAGAAAAA